CUUAAUUACAAUGAACUCCUUUGCUGUCGUUGCCCUUCUCGUCACCUUUGCUGUUGCAAAUGCUGGAAUACUUGCACCAGCAGCGGGAAUUCUGCAAGGACCCAGCAGCAGGACCACCCUCGUAGGACCAGAAGGAAGCGUGAUCUCCUCUGUAGCUCCAGGUGGGCAAGUCAUCACGGAGUCAUUGCCAGGAGCAGUAGCUUACUCAGCCCCAGUAGUGGUAGCUUCUCCAGUUGUGUCUGCUUACUCUGCUCCCGUGAUAGCUGGUGGAUUAGUCGGUGAACAGACCGUCGUCGCAGGACCUUCUGGAACUGUCGCCACUGGCAGAACUUUGGCCGCUCCCGCUGUAGCCGCUUAUGCCGCCCCAUUAUGGUAGAAGCUUUUGUAACUUGCGACUGACUGAUUUGGAAUUAAACUAAACGACUUAUUUAUUUCCGUCUCAACUGCAGAUGAUGUGCAUCUUAUGGAUUUCAAAGUUCGUACAUCUUUAAAAAAAUAACCAUUCUAAUGGUCUUAUAUAGGUCUAAAACACUGGAUUGCUCAAAUUAAUUCUAGAAAUUGUCUUUGAAUAAUUGAACAGUGACGUCUAGGCUAUAAGUUUGUCAUUAAUUAAUGCUCUUUUAGAUAAUAGUGUUCUAAGGGCAUAUUCUGAA